GCGGAACACAGAGCACACACAGCUUCCUGCAGCCUGGAGCCUGGGGCCAGCCCGCCCCCAUCUCCGCCCCCAUCACUCCCCGCCGCCGCUCUACCUGCUUCGCCGCUGGCUGUAACAGUGUCCGUCCUCCUGUAAGUCGAACCUGCAGCUGAUCCUCCUGCGGACAGGGACCGACCAUGGAGAUUUCAUUUGCGGGUAAACGAGCUCUGGUCACUGGAGCUGGGAAAGGGAUCGGCAGGGCCACGGCUCUGGCUCUGGCACGCUGUGGGGCAGAGGUCACGGCGGUCACGCGCACGCAGGCUGACCUGAACAGUCUGAUACAGGAGUGUGCAUCCAUCACCCCGGUGUGCGUGGACCUGGCAGACUGGGGGGCCACGGAGGCGGCCCUGCAAAACGUAGGCCCCAUCGAUCUGCUGGUGAACAAUGCCGCCUAUGCCAACCUGCAGUCGUUUCUGGAGGUCACCCCCGACCAGUUUGACCAGUCUUUCAAUGUGAAUGUGAAAGCUGUGCUGCAUGUAUCCCAGAUUGUGGCUCGUGGUAUGAAGGCUAGAGGAUCCGGAGGCUCCAUUGUCAACGUGUCCAGCCAGGCCUCACAGUGUGCCCUCAGAGACCAUGCUGUCUACUGUGCCACUAAAGGAGCCCUGGACAUGCUGACUAAAGUGAUGGCUCUGGAGCUCGGACCCCACCAGAUCCGCGUGAACAGCGUGAACCCCACAGUGGUGAUGACUGAGAUGGGACGCCUGGGCUGGAGUGACCCGGAGAAAGCCAAGGUUAUGACGUCUCGCAUCCCCUUGGGCCGAUUCGCAGAGGUGGAGGACGUGGUGAACAGCAUUUUGUUCCUGCUGAGCGAUAAGAGCAACAUGACUAAUGGCGUCACUCUGCCUGUGGACGGAGGAUUUCUGGCCUGCUGACCAACAUGAGCCACAUCAGCAUCAGCGUCAGCUUCAGAAUGUCGACCCCUUAAACUCAGAGGAAGAACAACAGCAACCUGCCUCACUGCCUUAUACACACACAGAGGUCAAUCUUAUGUACUAAAUAAAAGCACCCACUAUACAACCAACAGAUUUCCUGUGUUGU